CUCCCGCGUGCGAGGAAGCGGGGACGUGUGAGGUCACUUCCUGCGUGCUGGGUGGCUUCCUGCAGCGUUUCCAAUUCACGCUCUCUUUUCCACUGCCAGUCCGCCGCCAUCAUGGGUCGCAUGCACGCUCCCGGGAAGGGCCUGUCCCAGUCGGCUCUGCCCUACCGCCGCAGCGUCCCCACCUGGCUGAAGUUGACGUCUGACGACGUGAAGGAGCAGAUCUACAAACUGGCCAAGAAGGGCCUGACUCCCUCACAAAUCGGUGUGAUCCUGAGAGACUCGCAUGGCGUUGCACAAGUACGUUUUGUGACAGGCAAUAAGAUCCUGAGAAUUCUUAAGUCUAAAGGGCUUGCUCCUGACCUUCCUGAGGAUCUCUACCAUUUAAUUAAGAAAGCUGUUGCAGUUCGAAAGCAUCUUGAGAGGAACAGAAAGGAUAAGGAUGCUAAAUUCCGUCUCAUUCUGAUUGAGAGCCGUAUUCACCGAUUGGCUCGAUACUAUAAGACCAAACGAGUCCUGCCCCCCAAUUGGAAAUACGAGUCAUCCACAGCCUCUGCACUGGUUGCAUAAAAUAUCUAUGUACUCGAGCAAUAAAAUCAUUGUUUAACUAGAA